AUGUCGCAACCACUAUUCGGCCUCGUCCCGGCAGGCCUGCCUGUCAUUACUCAGCCGACCGAGACCCCUUCACAGACAUCCUUCAUCUACAGCAUAUCGACCUCGCCAAAGUCCUUCAGCCACGUCGUCAUCUUUCUCUUGCCGGGCGUCGUCCUGCCCAGCAACACCGCCGCGGCAAUCUACCUGGUUACCCCGCCCGACCGCGCGCAGGGCCAGGAGGUGCCCAACUCCAAGUUCCUGGGCGGCGUCGGCCCCGGCAAGGAGUCCGCCAUCUUCAAGCUCAACGAGUCGUCGCUGUCUGCCUCCUCGGGCGGCCAGAUCAUAUUGGGGAUCAGCAUCGAGGACGCAGGCUCAGUAGCGAGCCGCAUCACUGAGCUGCAGGCCGCCAAGUCGACAGCUGGAGCGCCCGGGUCGCUCGCCCUGGUCCCCGCCGGUGUCGCCGCCGGCCAGGCCCAGGCCCAACAGCCCAGCACGCUUGUUCUCGCGCAGAGGAUCAUCAAGAACGCCUUCAACUUCCUGUCCAGCUUCUCCGGCCAGGCCGGUCAGGUCGAAGUUGUGCCUAUGAAGGCCUUCGAGGAUUGGUGGAGGAAGUUCGAGAGCAGGGUGCGGAGCGACCCCGGCUUCCUCGAGAGGGACGACUGA